GGUUCUUUAUAUGCGCUACAGUCAAUUAUGAUUGCAUGUCUACUUAUAUGAACUAUGUAAUUACUAAUAUACACUUACUGUAUGAUAGCGAGCAAAUUAUUUAGCUAACUAACGUUAGCCCGCCUAGCUGGAAUCUCUGAAGAAUACAAAUAUUUUAUUUCUACUAUUUCCAAAAGCUAACCAAACAAAAACAUUACUUUUACGAGACAUGUUUUUGCAUUAGUAGCACAAUUUCUAACUUAUUUACAUGUUUUUAAACUUCCCUGCUUGGCUAAUAAUUUGGACCGACGACAAAUAUGGCCGCGGGAUUCCCCCCAAGGGCAUAAGGCGAGGGUAAGAGAACAAAGAUGUGUCUUUUAUGAGUUUGAAACGCAGCCACCACCGUGUUUUGCAUUCUGGGGAUAAAAAUGGUCCAACUUGCACCUAACUGUCUACUGCAUAAACUUUAUAACAAUCGUGAUCAAAGGUCAAAGUUUUGACUGCUAGUUUCAGCGGUUGCUCUUCACCAAAAUUGGUUAAGAACUUGUAUGGAAGAAUUUCAUGUGAGACAGUCGGGCAGCUGUCAAUGUCCGUUCCCCAUGUCAUUCUCCCAGAUCACCCAGUCUUUGUAUCUGGGUGGUGUGGACACAGUCUUAAAGCCCAUCGGUCUCUACAGUAGGAACAUAACUCUGAUUGUCAACGCCACUGCAGAGCACCCCUGUCCUCAGUAUGAGGGGGUGGAGUGUUUCCAGGUACCCGUACUGGACCAGCCUCACGCCCCCCUGGCCUGCUACUUCGAUGCUGUUGCAGAACGUAUCCAUAACAACCACUCAGGGAGUACGCUGGUCCACUGCACUGCAGGCCGGAGCCGUUCUCCUACCCUGAUCAUGGCUUACCUGAUGCGGUAUGAGGGGGUAUCACUGCGCCAGGCCCAUGAGUGGGUACUGAAGUACAGACCUCAUAUCCGACCCAAUGCUGGUUUCUGGAGGCAGCUGAUGGAGUAUGAGAGGAGGCUCUAUGGGAAGAAUACUGUGAGGAUGGCUGCUACCUCCUGUGGUGUGCUGCCUGAGGCUCUGGAUGGACAGGAGGCUAUUUACUGUGUGAAUGGCUGAUGGUAUGUGUCCCAAAUGGCACCCUAUUCCUGAUGUAGUGCAUUACUUUUGACGAGCCUAAACUGAAAAGAGUGCUAUUUGGGAUUUGUCAUAGAGCGUCUGCUAAAUGACUUAAAUGUAUAUGAUAAAAUAAAACCAAUUGCUAUAAAAAAUA